CUGAGCUCAGCGGGAGUUGGCUGCGUGACCCGCCUAAAGGAUCAACGAAUGAAUGAGCCUCCUGUUCGACUGGGGACCUCGGGGCCCCGCGGGGCUGCGAAUCUCGCGGACGCUCGGGGCAUCCUUGGGCGUGCCGGGUCCUCUUCGCGCAAGCUGGGGCACGGGGCAGCCCUGGCUCCCGGCGGCCGGAAUCCCGCGGUGUCGGGGGCGGCAGCGGAGGCGAGGGCGAGUGGAAGCCCAGGCGGGGCUCCGGAGAACGGCCCGGCGGCUGAGAACCUGGACUGUGAGCCCUGGGUCAGAGAUAAAGUGCUCUUCCUUCUGCACCCAGAGAGGUGGCUGGGGACUCAACGGGACCUUGCGCGGGAAGAAGUGGCCGGUGGGGACGAUGUUUUCCCGGCGGCCGAAGACGACUGGGAACCCGACGGCCCGUCUCUCGUUCCGCGAGAAAAGCGAGUUUGGGGCAGCCGUGUAGACGCUCCCUUCAGAGCUCUGCCGCGCGACCCUGCAGCCCCUCCCAGGUCGGUGCUCGUGCGGAUUGUGGACUAUCAGGCGACAGAAGAAGUCCUGUGGACCGCAUGGAGGAAGGGGCAGAUGACCGCACGGACCGAGGAGCACUCCAUGAGCGCGAUCACUUUUCGCACCAACAGGGAGUGAAGCGCCCGGCUGUGGGCGCCAGGACUGCGGAGAACCCCGGGCUCUCCCGCAUGGGGAGAGACGCCCCGAGUCCACCUGCGGGGAGAUCACCUCGCGAUCGCCAGGGACUGGAUUGCCAGAGGAUAUAAAACAGGAAAGAGGAGCCUGAGGAAUGCUGCGGGACGGUGGAUGAGCGAGAAUCCCUAAGCAGGUGCUCUUCCGGGAACGCCAGUCUUUAAAUUAGCCGACAGCGAGGACGUUUUAAGAGGCUGGUCAGCGCCGCUGGGAGGCAGGUGACACCCCAGACAGAAUGAAGAACUGUGAGCAACAUAGUACCUCCUUUGUGUCUUAAAUACUGUGACGGUCUGGGGACCUAAGUCAUUGGAAGAGGGGAAAGAAAGGGGAAAGAAAACUAGGAAAAGAAGAGGAAGAGAACAGAAGACCCAACUUUGAACGUUAAGUGCCAUUUAAAGGGGCUUUACUACCCCCAAAAUAUCCAGUCGAGUAAAAAUGAUUUUUAUCUGGUUUUUAUUUAUUUUUACUAUUUUAAAUUUGGCAGAUAAGUCUUAUCUAAAGGUAGAUGAUGUAUAGUUUGCCCUAAAAUAAUUGUAUAUCUUAUUCCUGUCCAUUGUUUCUUAUUAAUAACAUUUGUAUUCAAAACUGGAUUGAAAAUACAUCCCUUUUGAUGCUGUUGGGGAAAAAAAGUCUCUUCUGGUGCUACUGAAAUGUCUUUUUAUUUGUUCCUCUUUUUUAUUAAACACCAUUUUUAUUACCUCUGUA